AGGACGAGAAGGAUACUGUUCGUUUACAGUAUGCUAAAAUGAACUAAUAGUAUAUACUCAUUAAGUAUGUAGUACACAGUAUGUUAGUAUGGGUUUUCGAACACAGCUUUGGUGCUUGCCCCAGUUUACUCUAUUUACAAAACGCCGACAAGGUGCAUUGUCCUGGGCUGCAAACCACCAGUUUCCACACUUUGCCAAAAGACUACAUCGUAUUCCGAAAAUUGGUGAGAUUCGCCUCCUACACGAGAAUGGCGUGUUGAACGGCACUCAGAUACGCGAGGCUCAUUUCAGCAAAGAAUGUUUUCGACUCAAUACACCGAGAAAGUGAUUGUUGUGGGAUAACGCGGUUCCCACGAUUUGUCCCAGCGAUAGCCCGAGCAGAACCGAUACUUCUUCACUUUAUGUUAACCAAAAGGACGAGAAGAAGCAACACAGACCGAACCAAGAAGUUCAGGAUAGACCACGCGUGGAUUAUUCUGUUAUCCAGAACAGCAGGGAGCCGAAACGUGAGCUGCAGUCAAUGGAUGCCGUGGUGGAGGUUAAGGAGUCAGAGACAGCCAUGACGGGAGCCACAAUGGACGUUAAGGAGUCAGAGACAGCCAUGACGGGAGCCACAAUGGACGUUAAGGAGUCAGAGACAGCCAUGACGGGAGCCACAAUGGACGUUAAGGAGUCAGAGACAGCCAUGACGGAAGCCACAAUGGACGUUAAGGAGUCAGAGACAGCCAUGGCGGGUUUUGAGGAGUCAACGGAAGCCACAAUGGACGUUAAGGAGUCAAUUUCAGCCGCCAUGGACCUGAAGGAGUCCAUGCCAGUCAUGAUUGAAGUUAAUGAGUCAGAGUCAAAAGAAGCCGUUGUGGACAUUAAGGAGUCACAGGGAGCUGUUAUGGAACUCAAGAGGCAGUCUUCCUCCUCUGGCAGCCAGGGGCGGGACAGAGACCGGGAGUCGGACAGCUAUCUCCAGCACCUCCAGUGUCCCCACUGUCUGCUCCAGUGUAAGAGCCACUGCAGCUACCUCAUCCACAUCGCUAAGAUCCAUCCAAGCCGCCUGGAUGACACGCCGGUGGGUCGCCUGGGCAACGCCAUCUUCUACCAGCGCACGGCACGGCUGUUCCACUGCAGCGUGUGUUUCCACACGGCCAGGGAGUUCCCUCGCCUCUACGACCACCUGCUCACCUGCCACUGCCUCUCUGGGAAGGGCCAGGGUGAGGAGGGAGAAGGGGAUGAGCGUAGGGGGGAAGGGGGAGAAGAACAGGAAGGUAUCAGUGUAGACGUGCUUUCAAAAGACAGUAGUCAUCCUCCCAGUGAGCCCAAGGCAGAAGAGGAGGAUGAGGACAAAGGAGGUGUGAAGCAAGAGGAGGAAGGUAGGAAAAGAGGACUAGAGGAGAUGGAGGGAGGCGAGGACAAUGAAGAGAACUCCCGCUCAGCCGGCAGCCCCAUGAAACGAAAAAUAAGCCCUACGGCAGGCAGUGAGGAAGAUGAUCAUGAUGAAGAGGAAGAGGAGCUACAGACCAACAACAACAAAAAAAGUGACAAACACAAAAAGCAGGAAGAGGCCUUCCUGACCAAAUAUAUCCAGCGCCAGGGGGGUCGCUACAACUGUCGCCUGUGUGGCAAGCGCUCCAAGAUGAAGGGCCAUGCCAUCCACCACGUGAGCUACAAGCACGACGUGCCCAAACCUUACUGCUGUAAAGAGUGUAGCAAGGCCUUCAUACUAGAGUAUUCGCUACUCAACCAUAUCUACCACAACCACAGACAGGGCAUGUACCGCUGUCUCUUCUGCCCCUUCAGCUCUGACGUGGUGUGGGGCAUAAAACGUCAUGGCAACCGCUGCAAUGCCCGAAGCGGGGAGGGGGAGGAGGGGGAGGGCAGCAAUGGAGAAGAGUGAUUGGUUAAUGGUUGCUAACACAUACUGUACCUUGGUAAUCAGGAGAAGGGACUCCAGACCUACAUUAUCUAAGUUCUAGAAUCUCUUUGCAUUGUGCAUCUACUUGGCUAGUAACCCUAGGUACAGUAGAUUCCACUGUCACAGAGGUGUAGAUUCUCAGUGAAGUAUGUAUUUACUUCCUCUGUACACACAGUGAUGAAGAAUGAGGUACUUUGUCAUUCUGUAGACUUUUCCUGAUAUACUGGAGCUGAUGGACUCAAAUGUAGAAUAUGUACUUUGUGAACUCGAAAACAGCAUUACUAUGUACAUGACAGCUGUUGAUGACUCAUAAUGCUACACAAUGAAACUAUCAAACUGACAAAAACAUGUUUUUUGUGUGUUUUUUACCUGCCUUUGUAUUGUCUUUAUUACAUGGGAUGUGUGUGUCUCUUUGAAAACAAUACAAUAAAAAUAAUACAUCAAUUUUA